GAUUUGCUUAGUUAGACUUUGUUAUGUAAUGAACUGGAUUCUUUUGGGCAAAACUCCAUUCUUACAUCUAACUCCCUUCCAAAGUCUCCUCCAGAGGAAGUGAACAAGAAAGUGUCCUGUUUAGAGGACGAGAAGUCCAAAUUCCUUCCAUGUGAGGAGACAGGACUCAGCUUGUAAUGAGACGUUCAUCAUUUUCCUGUCAUUCGGCCACUAUUGACUUCUACAGAACAGCAUGUUCCCAAGGGACAAAAGCAUAUAAACAAGCAAAGUCUUGGACAAGAAAAUGAAGAUCUUUUUAAAUGUUUAUGGAAGAGGGAGAAAGAGCUGUGUCAGGAAAACUGCCAUGUUAGCACAAAGAAUGGAAGUGGGAGGAAUUAAAAAAAUAAAUAAAAAAAUCCUGUGUUUGGGUAUAAAACUCUCAGGAACAAGCAGCUGAAAGAAAGCAAACAGAAAAAGAGGGAGAAAGAAACAAGGAAGCUUUCAGAUAAGGUGAAAGGAGGAGGAAAAGUGUCGGACAGCUGCAGAGAGGGAGGAGGCUAAAACAAAACAGAGCUGUAUAGAGGUGAACGAUAGAGCGAGACAGAGCUGAAAGUGAUGUGAAAGGAGGAGAGAAGGCUGCUGUUGAGUGAACAUCCGGAGUUGUGAAUAUAUGCAGUAAAACAGAGGGAUUUAUGAAGUGAAGUGAUUUGAAGUGGAGAUGAGUCUAGCAGUGAUUCUGGCGGCUGUAGUGGGCUUCAGCGCUCUGUCUUCCUGUAACUCUGGCGAGAACACCACGAGACCGGCCAUCACAACAGCUGAUCUGUCUCAGGUGAGAGUGUUCAAUGAGGAGAUGGUUAGAGGGCGAGGGGACACUCCUGACGUCAUAGAACCUGAACCCACCACUGCAGUCUCUGAAAUGGAGAGCACUUACAACUACAUCUUGUCUAGACUGGCAGCGAUGGAUCAGGCUAUCCACAGGCUUAAUGUGGGACAUUACACAUUGGACAUUAAAGUUACACAACUGUUGGAAAGAAUGUCCCGACUUGAGAAUAGAUUAGGCGACACUGAGGAUGCCAUUCAACAAGUCUCGUCCUACUGCAAGGACAAUCGCAAAGAGAUCGGACGACUAGAGGGCUGCCAGAAAGGCCGUAAAAUGGGUUACAAAUGCUUCCUGGCAUACCGUGUGUAUGAGACCUAUGCAGAUGCAUCCGAGAAGUGUCAGGAGCGGGGAGGACGCAUGGCUAUGCCACGAGAUCGCAAGGAGCAGGAAGCAUUGGCUGAAUAUGUGAAAUCAGUAUUCCAUGGAAACUGGCCUGUGUGGCUUGGGAUCAAUGAUGAGCGCUCUGAAGGCCUGUACCUAUUUGAGGACACAACUCGUGUCACUUACUUCCAGUGGAGGAAGCACUUCCUGUCAAGCCAGCCAGAUGGAGGGAAACGAGAGAACUGUGUAGCCAUGUCUUCAGAUGAUGGAGACUGGUGGGACACCUACUGUGAAAGACGCAUGUAUUAUCUGUGCGAGUUUGAUGUUUAACCUCGAUACUUUCCUAAAUGGCGUCUAAUUAAGAUUUUUUUUUUUUUUUUUUUUUUUGUAAAUAUGAA